AUGAGGCCACGGCCUCGUCCUCCUCUCUCCCUCGCCCCCGCGCUCACCGCGCCCCGCGACCACCGCGGCCGCCCUGGCCACCGGCCUCGCCUCGCCGCACCCUCUGCGGGCGAGCGCCCGCCCCACGCCCCCCCCUCCGUCGUCGUGCACUCGCCGACCCGGGGCCCGAAUGCGCUCACCGCACCCCCGCCUUCCCCUCCUCUCUGUCCCGCACGCGCUCCGGCCGCGCGCACGCAUCUCGCCGCCGGCCCACGCGCGCCUGCGUUCGGCCACCACGACCCGGCCUCCUCCCCCGUCUCUCCCUCGGUCCCGUGGUCGCGCCACUCCGACCGCACCGGCGCCACCCCUCGCCUCCACCCGCCGUGGCCCCUGGCCGCGCCGGCGAGCCCCGCCCUCGGUGCCCCGGCGACCUCGUCCCGCCUUGCGGGCGAGCGCUCGCUCGGGUGCGCCCGCACCCGUGGACCAAACCCCCUCGCCCCCCCUGGGCCACUGCCAGAGGAGGAAGUUAGCUCCAAGAAGAAAGUCCUGAAGAAGGAGUACGACACUGCUGCUACAACCAAGCCUGGUUUGCACAAGAAGGUGUCUGCCAAAAGAGUGCCAACAUCCAAGCCAAGGAAAGUUCCAAUAGGAGAAACCAUGCAGUUCAAAAUUGAACAGUCAGAUGUUGAUGUGGCUGGUGACAAAAAGAAGAAAAGGGCAAGAACCAGAACUGCAAAAGUUCUUGGAAAAUCAACCAUGAUAUUUGAUGUUCCUCAGAAAUUCAAGGUCAUGAGUCUGAUUGCUGAGACAAUCAGAAGGACAGCUGCAGAUCAGAAGAGAUCUUGUGGACUGCAGUUGAGCAGCUCCAAGAGGAAGCAGAGGAGAAGAAAGGACAGGGUACCACAUAUGCUUUUCGCAGAGUGCCUAGAGGUCAGAGGUCUGCUGCAGUGCCCAUGCUUGACACCAGAGCAACUACUUCAGCACCAGCAGCAACAGCUUUAG